AAAUUUUAAGUAUUUACUUAAAAUUGAUCGCAAAUAAUAAUAUGUGAAAAUAUCGGGUACAAUCUCUAAAUAUGAAUCCUCUGAUUCUUCACUUGCAAUUUGAUAUGAAUAUAAUUAAAGAAUUUAAUAAAAAAUUAAAUCUCUAAUUCUUCAAAAACUCGAACGUUCUUCGAUUCUUCGAAUCUUCGUUCUUGAGAUCUUCGAAUCUUCGAACUUCGUUCUUCAGAUCUUCAAAUCUUCUUGAAUGCAAAAUUCAAUAUUGAAGGGCCUCCGGUUUCAAGUAGCUUGAUCUUCAACAAAAGGGCCGUUAUGUGGCUUGAUCUUCUGUUAAAGGGCUUCCCGGGAUAUAUGGCUUGUUCUUCAAUUGAAUAUUGAUUCAAUCUUCAUAUGAAUAUCUUCAAAUAUUCAAAGAUUCAUUCUUCAAAUCUUCGAAUCUUCAAAGCUUCGUUCUUCAGAUCUUCGAAUCUUCAAGCUUCGUUCUUCAGAUCUUCGAACGUUCUUCAACUUUUGGCUUUGUUUGAUCAAGAAUCGAUGAAAUCACAAAGGAUUAUUCAUAUAUUCUUGACAAAAACGUGGCUUGAUCUCUUCCUCUUCUUCGGAAUCCUUCAAACCCUUUCGGGAGUUCUUCAGAGCUUUGCUGCAGCGUUUCUUCGUCUGGAAGUUCUCCUCCAUUCCUCUCAUCUGAGACCCAUAUUUAUAGGUGUGAGGGGGUGAAAAUAUGCUUUAGGGUUUAGAAAAUUCGUCCAUACCCCUUGGGCCUCAAUUAAAAUGGGCUUCGGGCUCUAUUUGCUUGCAUUUUAAUGGCUAGAAAAAUCAGCACUUAUAUAAUGUAUCUGGACAGCCUUUUUAACAAGGUUCACAGCCAUUUCUC